GCUGGGAAAACAGUCACUCGUAUCCAUCAUGGCGGCUCGUGUCCUGCUGCAGUGUGCCCGCUCACUCGGCCGGCCCUCGCUAACGCUUUAUUCCGGUAGUCUGGCCAUAAGAGCCGCUGCUGCACCGGCAACAGCAGUCCUUCACCGGCCCCUGUCCUUCGCCGCAGACAGCCGGAGGACGCGGUGGCUCGGUCAGAGCCGGGUUUCCUCUGUGGGUAUCCUGUGCCGACAAUAUUCGGACCUGCCCCCCCUCACCACAGAGAGCAUCAAAGACCGUGUCAUGUACGUGCUCAAGCUCUACGACAAGAUCAGCCCAGAGAAGCUUCAGACAUCUUCCCAUUUCAUGAAAGACCUGGGUCUAGACAGCCUGGACCAAGUGGAGAUUAUCAUGGCCAUGGAGGAUGAGUUUGGUUUUGAGAUCCCAGAUGCAGAAGCAGAGAAGUUGAUGACUCCUGAGGAGAUUGUACAGUACAUCGCAGACAAGAAGGAUGUUUAUGAAUAAUCUGUUCUAUCGUUCACUUCAUAGAGCGGUUGACCCCAGCGUGACCCACACGGGGCAAAUAAUGUCCCACUUCCUCCUCGUCAGUUCUUCCGUCUCUUACGGCAUCACUGGCGUCAGCUGCCAUGUCUUGUGUUUAACUGUAUUUAAAUGAACAUGUGCGUUGGGAGCUCGGAGAUGAAACAUAUAUCCAACAAGGUGAAAACACAAUUUAGAUUUUUUUUGUUCAGCCCCACCCUAUGGUUUCCAAUGUAUAAUUUCUCAUGAAUAAUAAAUCAAUAAAAAAUAAAUGCUG